AUGGAUAUCAAGGCAGCUUUCCUUAAUGGGAUUCUUGAAGAAACCAUCUAUAUGGAGCAACUAGAAGGUUAUAAGCUUCCAGGACAGGAAGAGAAAAAAAUGACUAGCAUUAAGGAAUUACUUGACACUCAAUUUGAAAUGAAAGAUUUGGGUGAAGCUGCUUAUGUUCUUUGCUAUACCGACUUAGAUUUCCAGGCUUGUCUUGAUGACAGAAAGUCUACAUCUGGAGUAGUAUUUACUCUUGGGGGUGGAGCAGUUGUAUGGAGAAGUGCUAAGAAAACCGCAAAAUCAGACUCUACCAUGGAGGUUGAAUACAUAGUUGCCGCUGAAGCUGCUAAGGAACUAGUCUGGCUAAGAAAGUUCUUCUCAGGACUUGGUGUUGUUCCUAGAAUGGAAAAACCACUAGUUUUACUUUGGGACAACACUGGUGCUAUAGCCAACAAAUCAUUUAUUCUCUUCUUGUACCAUUUUGAGGCUUUCAGUUAUUUCCCUCAUUUGAGACAUAAGAGUAGGUAUCUGGACUUGAACGUCGAUCUCUCAUUCUUCCAAAUUUGCCAUGGUAUUCGAUAUGUGUCCCUUGCUCCCGAUUCAGUUUUCCAGGGCCCCACAGUGGGCGCCAAAUUGUAG